AUGAGAGAAUGUCGAUCGCAGUCAGUUAACGUUAAACUUUGGUUUCUGCUCGUACCGAACAGUACGAGCAUCAUGUUGGCGUGCGCGCUGAAUACGUUCCAGAUUGUAAACAUCGUUCUCUUUACGUCUGCGAUAUGUACCGCCACGAACGUCGUGCCUACGACUGGCGCUUCCGUCACGUCAGCAGCCAAAUCGAAACGCGUGGUCGUAGAGCCCGGCCACAAUAUCCGUAAUAAUCAGGAACAAUCCAGCGGUAGCCAAACUACGCCGAGAAUUCCGUUGCCUCAGGAUAUUAACCUGAGAUCAUCGCCACGUUAUGGAAACGCCAGGGCAACCGACGUUCAGAGAGCGUCUUAUACCGGCGCGAAUCACGGACCCGGUUCCCACGCGUAUGGCAGCGUGCCAAAGCGGCCGCUCGUCUACGUUCCUCCGCCCGUCCGGCAAAUUGAGUCUUAUCGGAGCAAUCUGCUCGCUCCGUACUUUGACAUAUUGAAUAAUCCCGAUGCGUACAAGGCCGCGAGCGUCGUGAAACCGCUGGACGCGUCCAAAUCGAUCGUGUCGCAGUCGCCCCAGAAACUGCAGGGCCUCUACUCGCCCGGCUACAAUGUGUUCCAGCAGAACAAACCGAUCGAAUUGUCCGGCUUCUCUGACUUCGAGUAUCCCUCGUACCCCGGCAUCAGCAAACUUGUACCCCAGGGCGUUUCUUCGUCUACCGUACAAGCACCGGUAUACAAAACGAGUUAUCCCCUGCCAAAGAUUACCGAGUUCGCGCAGGUGUACGCGCCGAGUAUUUCAACAGUGCCAAGCGUUACUCCGUCGUCUGACAAGGGUCCUGGGCAGAAAGAUGAGGCCACCGUGAACGUGAACGGCAAGAAAAUCUCGGUUCCGAUCAUUCAACUGCAGAGCAACCUAGACUUCUCGGGAGUUUUGCCCGCUUUCGAGAGUCAGCAGUUUCUAUUGAGCGAGAACUAUCCUAUCGAAUCGGAUGUGGGAUUUAAGUUUGGAACCGGGCCGAAAUUCAACAUGGCACUUCAGUCGACUAAUGUUUCGCCGUUUUCGUCGCCUUUGUCCAGUUUCCAAGGUCAAAUCGUGCCGAUCCAGACGGUAAACGGUAACCCUCAAUUCCCGCAGUACAAAGGCGCCAGCAUAGGAGCUUAUCCUGUUGCGAAUAGUGCUCCUAAAGCGCAAGGCAAUUACGAGUCCCUUUACAGUCAACCACAAUUGCAUUUUGACAAAGAACGUAGUAACAAUGUGCAGCCUGUUAACGUACGACAAAAUAUCGCUCAUCCUUCUGUUUCAACGCAAGGCAUUCUAAAUGACGUAGAGAUCGUCAAUAAGAAAAAGCCGGAGCCACAUACACCUCAACCUGACGAUGAUACUGAUGACGAGGAUAAGGAUAAUGAAAGAUACAAAAAUCCGGACAAGGAACAGGAUGACAGUUCCGAAGAUGACGACGUUGAGCGUCGACCGGGAAAAUAUUUCAAAGUUUCGCCGACGGUAAGCGACUUCAAGCCUUCAGCGUCUUACCCUUUCAAAGAAUACGACGAGAGAUUUGGGAAGCACAGAGUGCAAUCUGAUGAUGACGACGACGACGACGACGACUUUGAGGAUAAACCGUAUUCCAGCUAUAAGAAUUAUUCAUCAUCAGACGACGACGACGACGACGAAGAGGAAGAAGACCCGUCAUUAGAGCACCGUGCUGAAUAUACUGAAUCCUCAAAACCAUCGCGUGACUCGUAUGAAGAGGAAAAUGAGGAGGAGGAGGAGGAAGAAGAAGAAGAAAGCCGUAAGCAGGAGAAACGUAAGAAAGCCAAUGAAGGUUCUUACGAGGUGGAACCUAAACGAUCCAAGUAUUAUCAGAAAGACUUUGAGCAGGAAUUUGAAGAAUCUUAUAGAGAAGAGCUACCAAAAGAAGAAUACGUGCACGUGAAAGAAGUCCCAGAACUAGAUAGUCCAUAUAUUAGUCCCAGUCCCCCUAAACGACAAAAGAAUAAUAAUCAAUCUCGCGUAAAGCAAUCCAAAGAACCGAAGAAUCAGGAAUCUCGCGUUUCUAAAAAAAAUCGUAAGGUACCAAAUACUAAUUACAAAGACAGCACAGCUUAUAGUUCAGACAUCUCCUGGACUAAAAGAACGCCAAAAGUGAUCUACGAGGAGUUCUUUGGAUACAAACCCGGGACCGGAAAAUAUUUAAAGCAUGCAAAAACUGAAAAGUUUUCGCCCGCUAAGAAAACACAGAAGGAAGACGACCAACCUCGUGCUGAUAAAUAUUAUAAAUUCAAGAAUUCCAAGACCGGCAGCGAAUUUAGCUCCAAAGACAAAGAUCCGUAUUACGCUGUGAAAUUGAGUAAAAACUCACCUGAAGAAAUGAUUGCUACAUCAAAUGUGAGACAAUUAUCAGAUCCUGGCAAGGAAACUUCUUUUUAUGGGCCAAGUGUAUCGAGCGGUCGGGUGCGUUCUAUCACAAACGCAGAAAUUUUUCGUGACCUGACGGGAAUCUAAGCGAAUGAAAUAACCAAAUAUUAUGUUAAGAAAUAUUGGGUGUGUGCAUAUUCUUAAACUCCAAAUUCACUGGCAUAAUCUUGUAUGAUUAUUGUAUAUAAAAAAUCUGCGGCUUUCGUAGAAGAGAUCAAGUAUUACGCAUAUUUACAUCCAUACGGUUCUUAUUUUUAUUAGGUGUAUCAGUUAUAUAACAUUAUAAAGUAAUAACAAAAUAAAUUCUACAUAUAUUGUUUUUUUAUGAAUUAAUUAAGUUUUUUGUUUAUCUUGCGAUACAUAUACAAGUUAUAUAAUGUUGUAAGAUAGAUUAUCGGUGAACAAAUUAUUUUACAAAUAUUUCCAUUUUUUAAAACAUUACGAAUUUGGUU